AUGUUGACUCCGAUAUUUGUUUGCGAGCAGAAUGAGUCUUUUGUUAUUGUUUCCAUAACGCUGUCGGCUCUCUGCAAAGUGACAACAGCUGUAUUCAGCAUACUGGAUCAUCAGUUUACGUUUCACUGUGCCCCAUAUUACCUACGGCUGAAGUUUGAUCAGCGCAUUGCGGAGGGACGUGGUGAGAGGGCGACGUACACCGUUGAUACCAAUGUAUUGACUGUGUACAUCCCGAAGGAGCACAGGGACGAGGUGUUUACGCACCUGGACAACCCUGGCUAUCUCAUAGCCACUGAUAAAGAACGCCAGCAGCUGGUCCAGUGUGUGGGAGGCGGUGAAUUGCAAGGGGAGGAUUCCAUGGCACCCGAUGAAGAUGAAACCGAAUUCCGUCAGCAGCUACCUUCUGCCUGUGGGGUAGAAGAUGGCUGUGCGGAUUACGGCUUUGCAGGAAGUUUUUCGGGGAUGUUUGCCUCACUCGAUUCUGACAUCACUGCGGAAGUGCUUGAUUUACCGCGUAACCCGGACGAGACAACAGGGGUCGAGCGGCGUCAGCUUCGCUUGCAGUCGGAGAACAGCGACUUUGAUGAGGACGCUCUUCUCUUAAGUUUUGAAGAUGCCGAUGGCGAAGUGCAGCGUUUGUUGCGUUACGUGCCACGACAUCGUCUGGACUACUUUGCCGCUCUGGAUGCGGAGGGGGUGCGAUACGUGGUCCCGUCAGCACCAAUGGAAGAAACCACCAAUAAUUAUACUACGGCGACGGAGGAAGACGACAAUGGUAAGGGUGUGCUUGAGGAGGAAGAAGAGGUGUUGCCGAUGUCCACUGGUGUUGUGGAUCUGUGGGCCGGAAAUAUUGCGGAGUUUAAGCGACCUCUUGUCGAGGAGAUUUCGCAACCGACAGAAAAUGAAGUGGACAUGCCAAUCGGGGUCUCAAGCACUAACGUUUCAGCGCUUCCUACCGGAUCCCUUGCCGUGCCGCAACAACGGCCUCGUGCCUUAUUUUCUUCCGAAGAACAUGGGGUGUUGAUGAAAAUUCGACCACCACGUUUGUUAUUUCCACCAAGUUCGUUGGUUGUUGACGCGCUCACAGUGGACAUACUUUUUUCAGAGGCCUAUGAUGACAUUGUGACGGAAGGAACCGGCUGUAGUGAGUCACUGUGGAAUAUCUGCAAGCUGAGUCCGGCUCUCUCGUGGCUGGACCCAGCGGAGAAUGUGUAUGACGCCUGUAUUUUUUUUGCACGUCGGGCUCUUAUCUAUCCAUUGCAUCGUAAUUUUGCUCUCAUUCAGCGCGUCUUUUCCUCGGUUGGGGUUCGGCUGCUUUUGGGCAAGUCGUACGUCAUAAAGGCUUUUCUGCGUGUGCGCGCUAUCCUUGCUCACGCCGAGCACCGUCACGUUCUUGUCACUCUCUUUCUGAAUCCUCUUAUUGGCUACUGGCUGGGUGUUGAGGACGCGGAGGAGCGUUUACUUCGGCUUGCGUUGGAGCUGCAUGCGCAUGUCACCCGUGUGGAAGCUGAGAUGGAAAGGCCUCUUCCCACCUCGUCGCUACUCGUGCAAAAGAAGAGGCAACUGCUCCCGCUGCACUUGCUUAACCUUGGCCUACCCAUUUCCUGA